GUGGGUUUGAAAAGCGAACCGUGGCUCGGCCUCAUUUCCCGCUCUGGUUCAGGCGCAGGAGGAAGUGUUUUGCUGGAGGAUGAUGACAGAGGUCAGGCUUCGCUAAUGGGCCAGUGAGGAGCGGUGGAGGCGAGGCCGGGCGCCGGCACACACACAUUAACACACUUGAGCCAUCACCAAUCAGCAUAGGGAUCUGAGAAUUGCUCUCACACACCAAACCAGCAGCGUCCGUGGAGAAAACUCUCGCCAGCAACUCCUUUAAAACACCAUUUCAAACCGUUGUGGUCUUUAAGCAACUACUACAGCAAAAACAAAAACCAAACCAAAACCCUAACCAAACAAAACUCUUGACAGGAGCUUUCGCGAGAGAGGAUGCCUCAUAAAGGCUUCUCCCAACCUUCGCCCCCAGCUCUGCGGAAGCUGAGGUCUUCUCCUCCCGUCCUUCGGCUCCCAGCGCUCGGGGGAAGACUUUAACUAGGGGCGCGCAGAUGUGUGAGACCCUUUAUUGUAGGAGUGGACAGACAUCCCAAAUCUCAGAGCCCCACAGCCGAGCCCCGAGGGAUCCUGCGGCCCCCAGCCAGCGCCAGCAUGCAGAACAGUCACAGCGGAGUGAACCAGCUCGGUGGUGUCUUUGUCAACGGGCGGCCACUGCCGGACUCCACCCGGCAGAAGAUCGUAGAACUAGCUCACAGCGGGGCCCGGCCGUGCGACAUUUCCCGAAUUCUGCAGACCCAUGCAGAUGCAAAAGUCCAAGUGCUGGACAAUCAAAACGUGUCCAACGGAUGUGUGAGUAAAAUUCUGGGCAGGUAUUACGAGACUGGCUCCAUCAGACCCAGGGCAAUCGGUGGUAGUAAACCGAGAGUAGCGACUCCAGAAGUUGUAAGCAAAAUAGCCCAGUAUAAGCGGGAGUGCCCGUCCAUCUUUGCUUGGGAAAUCCGAGACAGAUUAUUGUCCGAGGGGGUCUGUACCAACGAUAACAUACCAAGUGUGUCAUCGAUAAACAGAGUUCUUCGCAACCUGGCUAGCGAAAAGCAACAGAUGGGCGCAGACGGCAUGUAUGAUAAACUAAGGAUGUUGAACGGGCAGACAGGAAGUUGGGGCACCCGCCCUGGUUGGUAUCCGGGAACAUCGGUGCCAGGGCAACCUACGCAAGAUGGCUGCCAGCAACAGGAAGGAGGGGGGGAGAAUACCAACUCCAUCAGUUCCAACGGAGAAGAUUCAGACGAGGCCCAAAUGCGACUUCAGCUGAAGCGGAAGCUGCAAAGAAAUAGAACAUCCUUUACCCAAGAGCAAAUUGAGGCCCUGGAGAAAGAGUUUGAGAGAACCCAUUAUCCAGAUGUUUUUGCCCGCGAAAGACUAGCGGCCAAAAUAGAUCUACCAGAAGCAAGAAUACAGGUAUGGUUUUCUAAUCGAAGGGCCAAAUGGAGAAGAGAAGAAAAACUGAGGAAUCAGAGAAGACAGGCCAGCAACACACCUAGUCAUAUUCCUAUCAGCAGUAGUUUCAGCACCAGUGUCUACCAGCCAAUCCCACAGCCUACCACACCAGUUUCCUCCUUCACCUCUGGCUCCAUGUUGGGCCGGACAGACACAGCCCUCACAAACACGUACAGCGCUCUGCCGCCCAUGCCUAGUUUUACCAUGGCAAAUAACCUGCCCAUGCAACCUCCAGUCCCCAGUCAGACCUCCUCGUACUCCUGCAUGCUGCCCACCAGCCCUUCGGUGAAUGGGCGGAGUUAUGACACCUACACCCCCCCACAUAUGCAGACACACAUGAAUAGUCAGCCAAUGGGCACCUCGGGCACCACCUCCACAGGUGGGUGUACUUGGGAUUCAAUAGGACUCAUUUCCCCUGGCGUGUCAGUUCCUGUUCAAGUUCCUGGAAGUGAACCUGAUAUGUCUCAAUAUUGGCCAAGAUUACAGUAAAAGUAUUUCAGAAAGGAUAUAUUGUUUCAAUUUGGUCAGUGACUCUGGACACACAGUUGGUCAUUCAGGAAGGAGAGAAAAAUGACUGUUAGAAGCACUUCAGUUCUGCAAUUGUGUCCUGUAUUGUACCACUGGGGGAUGGACUUGAAACAUGGACCUUUGCAUACAGAAGGCACGAAAUCAGUUGGAACAAAUCUUCAUUUUGGUAUCCAAACUUUUAUUCAUUUUGGUGUAUUAUUUGUAAAUGGGCAUUUGUAUGUUAUAAUGAAAAAAAAAAGAACAACGUAGACUGGAUGGAUGUUUGAACUGUGUUGGUCAUGAAGUUGUUAAAAAAUAAGAAAACCUUGAUCAACAAUUUGCCAUGAAUUUAAAGAGUUUUAUCACAAUAUAUCGAAUACUUCUACCCAUCUGUUCAUAGUUUAUGGACUGAUGUUCCAAGUUUGUAUCAUUCUUUUGCAUAUAAUUAAACCUGGAACAACAUGCACUAGAUUUUAUGUAAGAAAUAUCUGUUGGUUUUCCAAAGGUUGUUAACAGAUGAAGUUUAUGUGCAAAAAAAAAAGGUAAGAUAUAAAUUCAAGGAAGGAAAAAGUUGAUAGCCAAAAGGUAGAGUGUGUCUUCGAUAUAAUCCAAUUUGUUUUAUGUCAAAAUGUAAGUAUUUGUCUUCCCUAGAAAUCCUCAGAAUGAUUUCUAUAAUAAAGUUAAUUUCAUUUAUAUUUGACAAGAAUACUCUAUAGAUGUUUUAUACACAUUUUCAUGCAAUCAUACGUUUCUUUUUUUGGCCAGCAAAAGUUAAUUGUUCUUAGAUAUAGUUGUAUUACUGUUCACAGUCCAAUCAUUAUGUGCAUCUAGAAUUCAUUCCUAAUCAAUUAAAAGUGCUUGCAAGAGUUUUAAACUUAAGUGUUUUGAAGUUGUUCACAACUACAUAUCAGAAUUAACCAUUGUUGAUUGUAAAAACCAUGCCAAAGCCUUUGUAUUUCCUUUAUUAUACUAUUUUCUUUUUAACCUAAUAGUGUGGUGUUACAAAUUUUGUUACCAUAUUAGAAUAACAUUCUAAAUAAUGGUGGAUCACACAUACUCUAUUUGAAAUCCUGACAAUCCUAAAAGAAACAAUUCUUAUACAUAAACAGAAAGUAGAAGGCACUCAAAAAACAUUCCACUUAAAUCUGUGUGCAAAUUUGUGUCCACAAAAACCUAGCCCAUAUCUACAAAAGGGUAAUGUUUCUCAGUUAGCUAUUUAAUUCAAAAGCCCAAGGUCUAGAAAUAAUUUAAAAAUGCAACAAGCUAUUAACUAGGAAUUGUCUUUUGAAUUAAGGCUGGCAUUUUCAAUCUGGGCAGAUUACCAUUGUCAGCCUAUUUCAACAGUGAUUUCACUGAAGUAUAUUCAAAAGUAGAUUUCUUAGACAAGACUCUCUGAAAGCUGUUGCCUUUCUCAAAUAGGCCCCUCUCCCUUUUCUGUCUCCCUCCCCUUUGCACAAGAGGCAUCAUUUCCCAUUGAACCACUACAGCUGUUCCCAUUUGAAUCUCGCUUUCUGUGGGGUUGUGGAUGGUUGGAGGGUGGAGGGGGGAUGUUGCAUGUCAAGGAAUAAUGAGCACAGACACAUCAACAGACAACAACAAAGCGGACUGUGACUGGCCGGUGGGAGUUAAAGGCCUUCAGUCAUUGGCAGCUUAAGCCAAACAUUCCCAAAUCUAUGAAGCGGGGCUCAUUGUCGGUCAGUUGUUAUUUGUAGUGAAGCACAGAUCUGAUCAUGUUUAAAGUGGCGGCACGCAGGGCAGGAGUGCUUGAGCCCAAGCAAAGGAUGGGGAGAAAAAUAAGCCUUUGUUGGGUGAAAGAGGCCCGCCUGACACUUUUAUUUUUGUCUGUUCUGCCCAUCAUAUAAGUCAACAUAGACAAGUUUCCUUUGCCCAACUUCAGUCAAUGGCUGAGAGUUCUGACAGUUCAGAAUAAAUGCUUGCACGGCAUGUGACAAAGACACACUUCACUAAAUUGUUCUCUGCUCUUUCUUAUUAAUUUUUAACAUCUUCUAAGUCAGAUAAGCAAGAUUGUAUAAAUUGAGGCUUUAGGAAUAACUUAGUGCAAUGUCUAGUGAAGGAGUUACUGGUGAAGAGAGAAUUGAUUCAUCCCUCAGGCAUGUUAGAGAUGAAUAUUUUUAUUUCACCCAAUUGACUUUGGAGACACUUCCCUAGGAGUAUCAGUUUUUAUGUGAUACACAUCAUUUUGUUUCCUGUCGGCCUGCACUGCAUGCUUGCACACUUCUGCAGUGGCACACGCACAACGUGCACUGCAGUUGCUCACGUGCAGAUGUCAUUUCUUUCUGACAUUCUGCAGCCCACAUUCCCUGAGGGACACAUGCCCAGGGAACUGUCAGAGAAGGGCUGUAUGUGAGCAUGUGUUGUGGCUGCUGGCAGCCUCCUUGCCUGCAGGAAGCGUUCCUUUCCAAUUGGCUAUGGCUUGGGCCAGUGUUAGGCAGCCAGCAUGGAGAGCAUAGACUUAAAGGAACCAGGAGUUGUGCUCUGGGUGUGCAGGAAGUGGGAUAGGAGAAAGGGAGUGUGGCAGGAGCAUAAGGUCUGCAAGUAGCCACUUGGAGGCACAUGUGUGGGGUGAGGAUUGCCAGGCACUGGGGCACAGCUUGAUUUAUUCUGAAGGAGCUGCUCAGUGGCAGUAGCCUUCUGUCCAGUGGGAUGGACCUUGCCUUCUGCCCUCACCCUUGGGAGAUGCACCAUCCUGAAUGGAGCUCCAGGCACACUCCCGCUCAGUGCGGACGCAGGGCCUUGUAGGCACUGCUGGAAUAAUUGAUCUGUGUCUAUUUAUUUAUUGAUAGGUAUAUUUAUAUAUUUACCAACAUGAACUCUGCAGGGAAGCUUUAAUGCAGGGGAUGGUGACUGUCUAUUUGUAGCAUCCACAGAAGAAACACAAGACUGAUAGACUAUGACUUCUUUCCCAAUUGGGUUGACUUAGGGAGACUAGGUAAACAGACUCAGAGCUGAAUGUGUAAGAGACAUUGGCAUUACUCUGAGCAAUUUUUUUAAAAAAAAGAUGUUUUAAAAAUUACAAUGAGUUUCCAGAAUAUCCCAUCUUUCUCCAUCCCCAAAAGUUGUGUCCGAGGUUUACGUGCUUACGUGCAAGCAGUUUUUUACAUAACCAUUUCUUCUGACUUAAAAACAAUCUUGAUGAAGUUUCUUAUGAUUCACAUAUGCAAUAUUAUUCUUAGAAUCAGCUUUAUUCAGUGAUUCUUUGUCAUCUUAGGAUAGGGUCUGUAUUCAGCAUUCUCUUUUUCUUUGGGCCUAAUGUUAAAGGGGCUUUUCACCUUUUUAUGUUUUGCUUAUCAAAAGAUCAAACAGACUAUCUUCCCUUUUCUAUUUCUCACGAAUAAACCGUAUCGAUUUUUGCCUGAAUCCUGAAUGACUCAACUUUAAAGUUCAGAGUGUGAAUAUACUUAGGGUUAGUGUUGCUUAAACUUGAUGAUGUUGAUGGUGAUCACUUUUGGAAAGCACUAACAGGGUGGUUUAGAAAUGACACUUGUAAUAGGCUUCGACAGAUGAAUAGGGCCCCUCCACUCUCCUUUUGCAUGUCUAUAUGUGUGUCUGCUCCUUUAAAAAAAAUGAGAGACGGGGAAUGAUUGUAAAGGGUUGCUUUCUUUGGAAGACAUUUUAUUUUUUUCGAGCUUGAAUAUUGUCUAUCCUGGAGGUGGAUACUGGGAAAAAUGGAAGACAGAGAGGAAAUGGAGAGAUGGUCUUGGACUACUACACAGAAAUUCAGAAGGUCUAAGAACGUGAGCACCUGAGCAGACGGCAUCAGUCAAAAUAUUUACAUCUGUUGCAAAGAAAGGCAAUUCUAGCGUAAGAAAUGAAUGCCAUAUAGAUUGUGAAGUUUUAAAAAAGCUAGGAGGACAUUUCAAACACUAUGCUUGGCAUUAUUCUUAAGUAUUUACAUCUUUGAGACAAGAUGAUAAUUGAAAAAAUCUACUAAUAGAUUAUAUUUCAAAAUGUAUUGAAAUAGUAUCUACCUACAGUAGCAUUAUAUCGGAGACCAGUUUUAAUGUAGAACGUGAUUAGCAUCUGAAUGAUGUUUCCUAAAGAAAAACAUUUUUAGAUUUUGGGUUUUCAGAGGAAAACAAAAAUAUACACUCCCUCUUUACUACUAGUAGUUAAUUUUUCACAAAGCCUGUCCUAGAGAAGCAGAAUAGCAAGUAUUUGGAUCUGAUUAGGGAAAAGCCCAGGUACUUUUACUAUUCAAAAUUUACUUUCACUGAGUUUGAAGUUUCUUUCAUAUUUAAAAUAAAAAUUCAAAUAUGCACACUCUAAUUUUUAUAGUAUUUAUCUAUUUACAAAGCAUCUAUUAACUAAUACUGGUUUGUUAAUUUUAUAGAAAUGUUAGGGUAGUAAAUCAAUGACUUUUAAGUAUUUUUGACAAGCAAUUUACAUAUCUGAUGACCUCACAUUUCCUUUCCAGAGCUAAACGCUAUGCAAUUGUUCCGUGGUGUUUGUGUAAAAUGAAUCACAACACGGUAAGAAAAAGAUUAGGGUUGUUAAAAUAGCCUGGCUAAAAUAUUCAUUUGAAUUUGUUCAUAUUGUUCGUAAUAGUUUUCAAAGGACACAGCAAAGCUUUUGUGGAACAUCUGCAUAUUAUUUAUUAUCUAAGAGCUAAAUUGAUUUUUUGAAGUUGCUUUACAUUUUUAAAACACCUUUGCCUAAUAAAAAAGCCCUUUAAUUUUAACUGACAGAUCAAUUCUAAAACUUUAUUUUGAAAAGAAAAUGAGGACGAAUUUGUGUCUUUAGAAUUAAAAGAUGUGAAAAAAAAAUCAGACAUCCUAAAAAAAAAAUAGACGAAGAAACCUGAUUUUAAGUACUAAUGAAAUAGCAGGAGACAAAUAGUUGUCUUUUUGAUUUUGAUCACAAAAAAUAAACUGGUAGUGACAGAAUAUGAUGGAGAGAUUUGACAUCCUGGCAAAUCACUGUCAUUGAUUCAAUUAUUCUAAUUCUGAAUAAAAGCUGUAUACAGUA